UGUACAGUGCAUCUAAUAAAAUUUACAUCACUUUGCUUCCUUUCAGUUAACUCUGUUGUGACACUGGGCACUGUCUUCAAGUAGAAACUGGUAAAUUUUUUGCUGAUUAUGACUGUAAUGUAAAAUGAAAACACACCACUGACUACAAAAGUGCCAUCUGUGGCAAAACACCUACGAUGUAGUUAACUAAAGACCAGCAGAUGAGCAACAGGGGUAUAGCCAAUCAUUUUUGUGUAAGCGUGGGUUUAUAAUAAAUUGCUGCUUGUUAAUUUUGAAGGAAAAAAGAGACAGCUGUUGCAGUCUAGUUAGUAAUAAGACAACAUGAAGUACAGCUUAGAAUAAUUUGAGAUUUGACAGCCAUGUUUUCAUUGCAGUGUGCUCGGCGAGUGUCUAUAUCAAACGUAUCAACAUCAACUUCAAGGCCAGAAAAUACAAAUUAAUAUAACUCUAAAAUUUAGGUUGGCAGUCUCAUUCUCUGACUCAUUUUCAGAGAUUUCUGUAAUACCAACAGUCUUUUUUAAAGUUGUUUAUAUAAGGAAGCAUCUCUUCUUUAUCAACCCUGUAAACCUGUUUUGUUAACAAAUCCAACCUUCAAGAGAAUCUUUCAAAAUUGUCUCCAACGUAGGUUUAAACCUCGGGAUUGUUACAUUUUGUUGGUAGUGCAGGGCUCAAAAUAAAAAUUUUACUUGUAGUGCAGGGCUCAAAAUGAAAAAAAAUGCUCAGGUUGCCUUUUGGCGACCAACUGGAGAAAUAUAGUUGCCAGAUGCAAAAUUUUCAGUCAUCAGUUUGUAUAAUGUAAAUGAUGCAGCUCAUAUUAUGGCGUGCUCCAUCUGAUUUGAUUAUUUGAAAAUAUAAUGGAGGUAAACUGGCUUUGUCUAUGUGAUUUGGCACAUUUUUUAUGACAAAAGCAAAGCAAGAUGAGAUGAAAUGUUUGUUUUAACUUUACCUUUUAAUUUAAAUCUAAAUCAUAGAGAAAUCCGGUUGCCAAAGUGGUGACUAAACCAGAAUUUUUAGUCACCAAGGAGCAAAUGUCAGUCACAUUGGCGACGGUAUCAGUCACAAUUUUGAGCCCUGCCAUGUUAGGCUCCAGUCUUAAUCAGCCAUCCGUGAGACUCAUUACUUAUAUAUGAUUUCUAAAUGAUCUUGUGUGUUCAUUUGUUUACUUUACGCUCGCCAUUAGGUUCAUUGCUUCCAGGAUUGUGUCAACCUGUGGUACGUUAACAGGCUGAACCUGACAAAGUGAAAGCCACUGAGGCUUACAGAGAAUGGCCAGUUCAGGUCCUGAAAAGGUUUGUUAUGACAAUGUUUUAGGUUGAACUACAUUUUUUAACAAAUGUAUCAGUCAAUUCCAAGAGCAUCCAUCCACCCCACCCCCUUUCCACUCCCCCAGGCACACCCCUAAGCAUUCAGUGUGCAAAGAAAGUAGAGUCCAAUAGCCUGGGGCUAGGAGAUUUUGCAAUCGGGCUAGUAAAUGAUAUUUUUAACUUGCCGCACAGGCAAAUAAUGUUUUUUGAGGAUUUUCGAGUAACAGAAGAACUGUGAGAUAAAUUCUGCUUGUCAAAAACCUUUUGGGGCCAGUUGAAAUGAUGUCUGGGCUAGUAAAUGCUAGCUUCAGCUUGCUCGAAUGGUAAGCUGUAAAAAUGAUUUUCUUUGCACCCUGGCGUUGAAAUUUUUUUCCAAAAAAUUCGUACCUUACAGUGUGAAAUGCCCAGUGCCAUCAAAUACCCUACCCUCGGUGCAAGAAGCUUGAUCCAAUUUUUUCAUUGCCCCUCCUUCCUUAAAAAGGACUUGCAAAACUUACGUUGUUAUGCAGGCAUUUUAAGUAAUCCAAUUUAAAAACCCAGGUUUCAAUUAGCAGUUUAGUACAUUCAUUUCAGAGCUCUUUUCAAUAUUUUUCGCUGUAGGUAAGCCUCACCGCAAUACCUCCCUGCAUGCAGUUAGCAUGUGGACACUUGUAGUGUUACCAGAACAUUCGCCCUGUUAAUCAAUCUCCACAUCUUUGAUUUUCGCAAAAAAAUGUGUAUGUUAAAUGAAUGAAAUGCAAAGAGUGAGGAGCUUUAGAUAAAGUGGAUGAACACGUUGAUUUGUCACAAACUAGUCUAUUUAGUCAUUUUUCCUGAGUGAUGUUAACUGGAAAGGGUACGUGCCUCUGAUGUUACUUGAAGUGUGCCCAGUUUGACACAGUUGUAUCAAGGUCAUUUAAAAAGCGCAGGAUAAUUUUUUUUGGUAAAUUAGUCACUCGUGAGGUAGCUGGUAUAUAAAAUGGUAAGGGGCUGGACCUAUGGGCGGCGUCUCCCCGUAUAAAACUUAAUUGAGGUUCCUCCCGGGCUGUAGGUUUUAAAAUGCCACAUACCGUGCAGCGUCCUAAUGAACAAUCGUUAAAUGAGACUGGGUAUCAACUAGAGGAUGUGAACCGUAUGUGAAAAAUUAUGAAAAUCGUUGAGAACGUUGUCGACUUCGGUGGCUAACAUGGUCUGAGAUCUUCAUAAUUCUUCAUAAU